AUGUUGUCGACCGGUCGACCACCUUCUCCAGCCAGUUGUUUGUCAGGAUCGCAGAGGAGCGAGAGUUUUAUACAAUCCCCGCUGUCGUCGGGCAGGAAUGAGGUAGGUAUGGCGAAAGGGAGGGGUAUCUCAUCCGUAAAUGCUUUUGUCGAGGGAGGCCUGAGCAUGGUUGCAAUCCGGAUCGACCCAAACUUCUACGCCUAGCCCGGGCCUGCACAAUUUCGAACCCCGGCCUGGUUGGCCCGGGUAAAAGUUCUUGUGUAAUUGUUUGGGUUUGGAAAUGUUUAUUCUGUUAGCCGGACUUUCUUGGAAGCCAAGAAACUCUUGCUAUUCCGUCUGGGAAAGACCAGACAUUCUUUGGUCUCCUUGAUGUAAUCUUGCAAUAUUUUCGAGCGAUUUUUUAUGAAAUUUCCCCAUUCUUUUGUGCCGUCCCUAGAGGGACCUACAUUGAAGUUGGAAUGAGUGUCACAAAGUUGCAAAUGGCGGCUAAAUUACAGUGGAGGCCUGAUCCAGUGGCAAAAAACGUACCAUUCUGUAUCCGGGAAGAAUCAAAAAUGUGGCAAAAUGCUGCCCCCUUUUUCCUCACAAAAAGAGCGGGCACGCUUUAGAAAUCUGAUGUGAGUUUUUUCACCUGGAGAGGGAAGCAUUUUGCCACAUUUUUGGUACUUCCCGGAUGCAAAAUGGGACGUUUUUUGCCACUGCAUCAGGUCCCCCACUGUAUUAUUUUUUCUGGGCAAUUUUUUUUGCAUUUGCUUUAAAAAUCACAUUGAUUUUUCAUUUUUGGUGGCCAAUCUGCGGGGUUCUUUCUUCUAUGUAAUCCUUUUUUAAUUUUCAGUGUUCUCUACGAAAACGGAUGAUAUUGGCUCCUCGUAGAAUGGACUCUUCCGAUUCGUCGGAGUCCAGUUCGAUUGUUUCCAUCAGCUCUGAAUGCUCGUCUGAAUUCGCAAGCUCCUUUGUCAUGUCGGACGAAAUUCCCAAGAGCGAAACCAUGGUUUUUGGUCAUAAAGGUGCUGAUGUAAGGUCUUUAAACGUACUUGUCGCUCCAAGCGAAAAAACGCAUUUUCCAAGCUGGGCCCAGGCUUGGAAAAGAUAAAACUUGUUCUUAAUAAUGUUCAAGGUUUUUACUCGACAUUCAGAGCCGAUUAUUUUUGGGAAAAAUAGCAGUGAAAGUCGGUUUCGAAAGCCCAGCGCGCAGCUCGCGGAAAAAAUUUUUGGAAUAAGCCAGCAACAAGUUUUGCCGACAUUUUUACGCUUUCAGCAUUUGAACCGAGCCCCGUAUUUUCACGGACUUUUACCAGUUGAAGACGCGGUGCUUUUACUGGAAGACGACGGCGAUUUUCUUGUCAUAGCGGACCCGCGAACCGACGAAAAGGAUCGAAUUGUUUCGGCGGUCCUGAAGUUGUUCUACCAACAUAACGGAAAGAUUUGGCACGAGGAGUUUGUUUUUCGUCCAUAUGGCGUUACAUUGGACCAAGAGGAAGUCUUUCCGACCAUUGUGGAAUUGAUCAGGUCAGCUUUGACUUUUCACGCUGCGGUUUUUUGCUAGCCUUGGGGGGUAUUCUUUUACUGUCAGAAAUCUUUAUUUUUAUAUUAUAUUGCUAAAACAAGUGGUUCCUGUCGGAAGUUUGAAUCAAAUUCUUUUCAGAGCCCACCGCGCAAAGAAGCGUCGACUCCGAACCGGCGCUCUCCUGAUCAGCCCCGUUGGCCGUCAGCCGUGGGAAGUGAAACGCUCGGAGCUGCGGAUUGGACGAUUCCUGGCCGGCGACAAGCUGAGCAAACUGAACGUGGGAUGGCUGAGCCGGCGAACACGGCAAACGCAGCCGGUGGCCGUGGUGUCGGCGUCCUGCGGUUGGGGCACAGUGCUGACGAAAACGUUUUGGGAAACAACGAUGAAGCGGAUCAGGGUGCAGAAGUUGAUGAGCCAUCCGAAUAUCAUGGCCAUUUAUGGUGUCGCGUUCAACAGGGCGCCAAUUUUGGUGGGAUUUUUGACUCCUCUUAGUAUUUAGAGAGUUAGUUUGGAGAGGAAACUUUUAGAUUUCAAAUUGAAAAAGCUUUUUGCCUCGAGCAAUUUGUUUGUGAAAAAAGCAAUUUUUUGAAUUUUUCAGGUCGUUUCCGAAUAUAUUGACAGCGAAAGUCUGGAAUCAUUCUUUAAGAAUUCUCCGAAUACGGUAAGCCAUUCAUCAAAUUGCCGUUUUGAAUCUUUGUCCAUUCGUAUUACGGUAUUUUUUUAUUUAUUUUAGCUCUCAGUUGCCAUGAAGCUAGCGCUUUGUUUCGACAUCGCUCUGGCCAUGAAUUAUGUUCAUGUCUCCGGGUUUUUGCAUGGAAGUCUAGAUCUGAGCAAUGUGCAUAUUUUUGAGUCCUAUCCGCUGGCCAAGAUUGUGGAUCUGGGCGUUAUGGUGGGAAGAGGAAAUCGAUUGGAAGAUGAGGCGGAGGAUCGAUUAAUGGCUCCAGAAGUCGUCGAAACUGGGGUUGUCAGCGAGAAGUCGGAUAUUUGGAGUAUUGGGUGAGCAAGUUUGUCGAGCUUUGUCUUAUUUUGGCGACAUUUUAUACGAUUGUUUUGCGAAAAUUUGGAAAACUUUUGAAUUUAUCGUAUAAAAUGUGGCUCUACAUACGGAAAAUUUUAUUUUUAGAAGUCUCCAAAUGACAUGUAGUAUUUGCGAAAUUUCAGCUUGGAAAAAUUUUUAAUAAAUUUUUAAAGAAUCUAAAAUACUUUUCAUCGUAUAAAAUGACUCUCGCGGUUUCAGAAUGCUCUUCAACGCCAUUUUCAAGGAAGGGGAUCCAUAUGGAAAGACCUCGAAGAGAAAGAUCCAUCGACGUUUGGCGGAACAACGAAAUUACGAACCCGAUUUUCCAUACGGAAUUCCAAGUGAAAUGAUGAAAAUUAACCGCGAAUGCUGGGAAUAUAAGUCAAAGAACAGGCCCAAUGCAGCGAAUCUGGCUUUCCGAUUGAGUAAAUACAUGGAAAUUGAAAGGUAAGAAGCGUUUAGCUUGUUAUUGGGAUUUUCUGAAAUUGGACGAAAUGUCACAAAAUUUAUUGAUUUUUUGAAGUUGGACGAAAUUUCAACAAAUUUAUUGAUUUUAUGAAGCUGGACGAAAUUUCACAAAAUUUACUGAUUCUCUGAAAUUGGGCGAAAUGUCACAAAAUUUAUUGAAUUUUUGAAGCUGGACGAGAUGUCACAAGAUUUAUUGAUUUUUUUGGAGCUGGACCACAUGUGAUUAAAAAGAGUUUUUAAACUUAGAAUUGCCAAGGUGAUUGAUGAUUUAUUGUAAAAAACUAUUGCUUUUAUUCAGAUUCCGUAAGAACGACGAGCUCUAUUCCUUCUACCGGAAAUACUACGAGGUUGGUGACAAACCGACGGUUCAUCUUCCUCGAUGA